AUGCGUUUCAGAAGUCAGCUCAUCAAUAUUAAUACUUUUGCCAAAUUCACCGCGUCUCUAUCGUCACUGGGUAAAAUAUGCUGGGUUCGAUUGGAAGAUGAGGUUGUCCGUUUCACCAUCAUCCCCGACCAGGGAACCCAAGUCUGGGCCCAAUUGCCAAUUGACACGGUCUUUGAAUCCUACUCCGUAAGCGCUGCAUCAGGCGUUAUCAAUCUCGAAGUCCCCAUCGGUGCUCUCCACCGCGCCCUCCGCUCAGCAUCAAGUGCAGCAUCAGCACAGCUACGACUAACCAAGAAGGGUUCACUUCCUUUACUGGCGCUGACAAUUGUGGCUUCAUCAUGGAUAUCGGGAAAGAAUGCCCUUGGAGUGGGCGACAACAAUAGUACCCACGAUAGUAAUACUCCUUCCAGUGGGAUGCCAGUGGCCCCCCAACACCCAGCCAACAUCCAACUAACAGCAGCAACAGCAGCAAACCCAAGCCAUACCGACGGCCCCCGCGAACGAGAAACGGUAAUAACCCAAGAAAUCCCCGUCCGCGUCCUCCCCCCAUCGACCGUUGAGGGCCUGCACGAACCCCGCUGCCGCAGUCCAGACGUCCACAUCGUGCUCCCCAGCCUCAUUCAACUGAAAAGCAUAUCAGAGCGCUUCACCAAGCUAGCCAUGGACUCUGCCGCCAAAAGCAUCAUCAGUACAACAACUUUUACUUCAACACAAGGAGCCGGGGCUGGUUCCACUGCUUCGAAUAGUAGUCCCAAGCUAGAACUAUCCGCCAACAUGCACGGCUCAUUGAAGCUAUCUAUAGCUACAGAUACGCUGCGCAUCUCGAGUGUGUGGACCGGACUGCUGAAUCCACCGCUGGAUCUGGCGCAAUUGUCUCAAAGCGAGCUGGAGCAGUUGCCUAGUGAGCGGAUGAGGGAGUUGGGCGGGGAGAACGGGGAGGGGGAGGAGGGGUGGGCGAAGGUAAGGAUUGAUGGGAAAGAUUGGGGGAGGGUGUUGAGUGUUGGGCGGUUGAGUCCGAGGGUUGUUGCGUGUUUUAUACACGAGACAGCCCUGAUUCUCUACGUAUAUUUACCCGACUGCGGAAGUGGGGAGGACUCAUGUUUGACAUAUUAUAUCAACUCCUACGCCGUCUGA